AUGGUCUCCCUAACCGCCAUCCGAGCCUCGAAUAUCGUCUCCGCCAGCGCCGUCACUGGGUCUCCUGUAGCCGUCUUCGUUGGUGGGACAUCAGGUAUAGGCCAGGGUAUGGCUGAAGCAUUUGGGAGAAUGACGAAUGGCAACGCGCACAUUAUCAUUGUUGGGCGGAACCGCCAAGCUGCCGAAUCUGUGCUGAGCAACAUUCCAUCACCUACUUCACCUCCUUCCCAACCUCAAUCCGGAGCUUCGACGACAAAGGAAUGGACCAGGGAAUUCAUCCAAUGCGACGCAACUCUGAUGAAGAGUGUCCAAACCGCCUCCAACGAAAUCCUCGCGAAACACGGCAAGAUCAACUAUCUCAUCCAAAGUCCAGGGAUCAUGACUACCGGCGGUCGCGACGAGACUUCCGAAGGGAUCGACAAGAAACUCGCGCUACACUACUACGCUCGGUGGAAAUUCAUCGACGAGCUCCUUCCUGCUUUGAGGAGAGCGAACAAGGAUGGGGAAGAUGCGAAGGUUAUGUCGGUGUUAGGUGCUGGCUAUGGAGGGGAGAUUGACGUCGACGAUCUGGGGUUGGUGAAGGGGUAUUCCACGAGGGCGGCGGCACUGCAGGGCACGACGUAUAAUGAUCUCAUGAUGGAGGAAUUCUCCAACAGAAACCCAGGCUUAACCUUUAUCCACGCUCAACCAGGUGGCGUCAAAACCAACAUUGCCAACAACUCUCCGUCUCUCUUGGUCCGUCUGGCUGGAAAGAUCGGGCUAUUCUUCGUAGCACCCUUCCUCUCCACCUCGGAGCAGUGCGCACACUAUAUGUGGAAGGCCAUAUUCAAUCAUGCAGGUGGUGCAUUUAGGACAAACCCGAAGGGGGCGGAUAUAGGGAAGUGGCGGUACUUUGGGAACGAAGAACAAAGGAAGAAGUUGUGGGAACAUACCAUUGAGAUGACGAGGACGAGCGUUCCUUCAACUUAG